AAUACCUGUCAACUAUCCUACAUAUCAUACGGCUAUAAGCGAUGCUUUUCUUGAAGCCUGCAAUGAAUCUAAAUACGAAUACAUCGACUACAACGGCGAAAAACAUAUGGGUUAUUCCCGAGUGCAGUCGAACACAGCUGGUGGCGUGAGAAUGGAUGCAAGCACGUGCUUUCUUAACCCACAAGUGCGACAGCGCAGCAACCUUCACAUAUUGACAAGGAGUACUGUGACUAAGAUCAUAUUCGAUCAGAACAAACGAGUGACUGGUGUAGUGUAUAUAAAAGACGGCAUUGAGAAAACUGCUAAUGUGUCACGUGAAGUGGUCGUUUGUGCGGGAGCGAUUGGUUCACCUAAGUUGCUUAUGCUCUCGGGGAUUGGUCCGAAAUGGCAUCUGGAACAAUUCCAAAUCCCGGUCCUGGCUGACCUCAAUGUGGGACAAGGUCUGCAGGAUCACGUUGUUUUUGCCGGAAUCGUAGUUACAACAAAGGAAGAUCUUAUUGGACUAAAGGACUUCAAGAAAAGUUUUCAGGAGUACAUGGCUAAUAGAACGGGACUUCUGACAAUACCUGGAGGCUUGGAAGCUCUGCUUUUUACUCAUAGCGAUGUAGGAAAAAGAGUUGAAGGCUACCCUGACUUGGAGCUUGAGGUCGCCGCUGUCUUUCCGAAUGAACAAAUUGCGCAGUCCCCGUACGUCUCUGCAAAGAUAUACGAACAGUACUAUAAACCGAUGAUUGAAAAAUCGGGGUUUUUGUGUGCCCUGGCCAUGGUGCAACCUGAGGCUCGAGGUGCAGUCUACCUUAACGCUACUGACCCCAAUGGUGCACCGUCCAUCAAUCCUAACAUGCUCGGCCGAGACGACGACCUUAAUCGAUUGGUUUACGGUACAUUGAAAAUAAAAACGUUAUUCGACACAGCGGCGAUGAAGAAAAUUGGCGCCAAGUUGUGGGAAAGGAAGUACCCACGUUGCAAACAGUUCGACGUGUGGAGCGAGCCCUACGUGCGAUGCAUGAUUCAGCAGACCGCCUUUCCAGGUCAACACGUCUGCUGCACUUGUGCCAUGGGAAACAAUGACAAGUCCGUCCUUGAUGCGAGGAUGAGGGUAAGAGGUGGAGUACAAGGCUUGCGAGUCAUUGAUGCAUCGGCGAUGCCCAAGAUUACCGCGGGAAAUACUAACGCGGCUGUCAUGAUGAUGGCCGCCAAAGGAGCAGCGAUGAUCUUGGAAGACGCCAAGAAAGACACAUCAGCUCAGUCGUAAGAGCUUCCGAAUGCACCAGCGUUGUUUCCUUAAUAAAAAAAACAACCAGGCAUAAUAA